AUGGAUCAUAUGCAAUAUUCAGCUUUAGCACAACGCCGCGUUACGUUAGCUAACGACCCGAACCUCCAUAAUGUAGCAGUUUCAGGUUUACGUCAGCCUAUGACUGUUCUUCGCAAUCAGCCGCAUCAAUAUACGCGAGGUGCCUUCUCGCACAUAGCUGCACCACCAACUUUUGCAACACGUCUGGCUAAAGCUAACAACAAUGGGUUGAAUGACAGUCUGGGAGCCAGCAGAGCUGGUCGGACUCCAAAAUUGUCCAGACGAACGAGUAUGUAUGCCGGUAACAUUCAACCCACUAAUCAACAAGGUGGUGGUGUUGGCGGCGGCUUGGGUGGACAAAUAAAGGAUAUUCGACCUAUCCGUGAUAAACCAUUUCAAGUAGAUUCGAUCGAUAUAGUAUACACAUACGCUAAAGAAAAGCUAGGGUUUCAAGGAGAAUUUAAAGACUUUAAGAUAAAUACUUCAAAAGAUUAUUUCACAUUGUUCAAAUUAGUAUAUCAACGGCUCGACCACGGGAAAGAUAUAACAAAAAUAGACGAAAUUGCAACUGCCUUGCGCGAAUUAAGGUACCCUUUCGCUAAUGAUAUUACCAAAUCAAUGUUACAAGCUGUAGGGAGUGUUCAAAGUUGGCCACAUCUUCUUGGCGCUAUGAGAUGGCUGGUUGAAUAUGUCGCAACAUUAGAAAGCAUCGAAGAUCAAGAAGACGAAGUUGAAGAGGGUGUCUUCAAUCCUGAUUCAGCUUUUUUUAAAUAUGCAACCACUGCGUAUAAUUUGUUUUUAAAUGGUGAUGAUGAUUAUUCGGAAGCGGCAUAUGAAUUUGAUGCUGCUUAUGAUCAAAGUAACGCAGAUAUUAUUGCUAAGAGUGCAGAAGUGCAAAAAGAAGUUGAUGAACUUGAAAAGCAAUUGAAUGAAAUGAGCGAAGAUCCUCUGACUGUUGCUCAAAAUGAAAACAAAACUUUGCGAUCAGACAUGACUAAAUUUAAUGCUUAUACAAAACAUUUGGAAGACAAAAUAAUGAAACUUAAAGAUUAUAUCAUCAAAUUGGAUGAGGAGCAUAAAGGAAUAGAAAUUGAGUUAGCGAAAGUUGAAGAAGAGAAGGCCGAAAUCCAGCAAAAGGUUGAUAGUCAGCCAAUAUCCCCAGAUGAUGUAGAAAGGAUGCAUAAAGAAAGUGAACAAAUAACGAAUAAUCGUAACGCCAUUGCUACUAAAGCGAAAGAAUUAUCCAAAUUACAAUGGGAGAAAGGACUGGACCUUGAAAAAAGGAUAGCCGAUAUUGAAAAGCAAAUUCAAUAUUACAAUACAAGUCUUUAUCGCGUUGGUCUGUUGCCAUCAAGCGCACAAUAUGCUGAUGGUAAAGAUUAUGAAUUAUCUCUUGAUGUUAAUGCAGAUAGAAUUGAUAAAAUCAUAUCAUUGGAUUUGAGAAAUUAUGUCAGGACAAAACUCUCAGAAGUACGUGAAAAUUUUAAUAGCGAAUAUGAUAAGAUUCAAGAGCAAAUAACUCUAAUAAGUGAAGAGAUUCAUCGCCUUAGUGAUGAUAAUGCUGACAAAGAAAUUGAUCUAAAUACACUGGAGGAUAAUAAAAAUAUACUAGCACGACAAUUUGAAGAAGUAAAACAGGAAAGUAUUUCUGAACAAAAUGAAAUUGAUACGCUAGCGAAACGAUGCACAUCCUUUGAACAAAGGAUUAGUCAGCUGCGAUCAGAGGGUGCUGCAGUUUAUCUUGAAUGGAAGCAAAAAAGUCAAGAAAUCCAAAUUCA